AUGGUCAAGUGGACAGCGAAUGGAGAAGUCCUCCUUCAAAGAGAGCAGCGUGUCCCGUCUCAUCUAGACUCGAUAUCGAAGCAAAAAGAAACGGAAGUCUUCAACCUUCAGCUUCGAUUUACACCAGGAGUUACCAAGGCAAAGGGCCCUCGGAAAGGUCGAAGGCGUCCAUCGUCCUCUCUGUGUGGCUCACCCACAGCGCUAGAGAGGCUCGGGUUUCUUGGGGAUCACCGUCAGAGAUCCGUCUAUCUCGAUCUGAACCCCGAGAGUCAGGGCGAGGUGUCGAUCAACCCGAAGCCAAAACGCCCUUUACAGUCGCCCACGCGCGAAAACAUGUGCUGGACGGGCAGAAAUCAAUAG